UUGGCGGAAGUCACUACCAGCGCUGCGGGAAGAUGUCGAAUCAAGCAUUUGUUUUAUUUCAAACUGUUCAGACGGCAUCCCCGUGGAGGCCACAGUUACCGCUGCCAAAGGACAUAACGGCUCAUGUGCAGCAGCAGCAGAAACAGCAAGCCAUGGAGAAGGCAACGCCAACGUCACACAAAUCAAAGGACGGCAAGGACAAGAAAUGGUCCCUAGGCAGUCUGUUUCGCAAGAAGAAGAAGGACAUUGAGACGGACUCGAGCUCGGAGGAGGACCGGAAGGCGGGCUUCGUGCCGGUUAAGAGUCAGAGCACGCUAAAUGGCAAAAGGAAGAAACGAUCGAGCCGGGUCGUAGGUGCGGGUUUCGAUCACAUCGUUAUUAGUCCUCCGCAUCAGCAACAUCAGCAGCACAACGUUUCAUCACACCAUCAGCUACAUCCGCAGCAAUCGCACCAGAAUCAGUAUGGAUUCCGGGAAAGUGACUCGAUUAACUCAAUGGAUAGGUAUCCUGCCUCGAACGGAUCGCUUGAUCGACGUGGGCGCAAGACAGACCGAGCGAGCAAACACUCGAAGGAGCGUCAGUCGUCAAGCGAUGAAGAAUCACACCGAUCUUCGUCGAUGUCGCGCUUCCGAAGUGACGACAGUUUGGGCAACCACAGUGCCGGUUCGCACCGCAAAUCUCGUACGGCACGCACCGAGCGUUACCUAAAGCGAAUGUCGCGAGACGAUGGUGGAAGUCCACAAGGUGGUGCGGUUGUACCAGGGCCGGCUGUUAGUCGGUGGCAUACACAACCAAUUUCGCCGAGCAUGGUGCACGCCGGAAGUGUCCAGUCGAUGGAUGUCAACUACCGGCGGCAUCCGCACCAUCACCAUACGCAUCAUCAGCAUCUUCCGCAUCAUCAGCCGGCAGCUCACAUGAACCUGCGCAACUCCUCCAGUCUCACCAAUGUUCCGCAUCACGUUUACCAAUCGAAUUCACCGAGUUAUGCACACCAAAUGAGCGGUGCGGUACAAUCCCACGGCACUAACCCACAGGCUGUUACUUACGAAAACAGUUUCUACAUCCAGAGCAAGGCAAGCUCGAUGCGUGACGCUAUACGUAGUCCACCGCCGAUUCCACCGCGUGAUCCACAGCGAAGGCUUACGAUAGGUCACACCAACGAAGCACGACCCGUGUCGUAUGCGUUCGAUCGUUACCAUCAAGUUGCUGGUGCGGGUAGUGUCUGGCAAUCGAAUGGAAAGUGCAACAGUGAGGAUCGUCUCUGGGGUGCAGCUAUGCAGCCUGUACAGCGUACUCCACCCUGCGCGGGAUUAUCCAGUUCACACACGGUGACACCACCACGGGCUACUUCUGUGCAGCCAGCAGAGGUUCAGCAGCAGCAGCAACAGCAGCACCGACAGCGUUACAUAUCGCGACAGCAGCAACCACCUGUGAACACCAUUCAGCCGCCAAGUACGCCACCUUCUAGUGUUGCUUACCAUCAUCAUCAGCAUCAUCAGCAUCAGCAGCAGCAACAACAGCAACAGGGCUACCAUGCAACACUACCCGUAACACCUCCACAACACUCGGUAGAGUAUCGCUACCUUACGGAUGUAACGCCUCGAUCACGCAAACCAAUCCAGAUACAAGAUCGUACGUUCGAACCGUACGAACCGAAGCUACCCGAACCCGUACCGACGGGAAGUGAAUCUUCACUUGCGUACACUAGCACACCGACCCCAACCGGUGGGAUUGGCCGUGUUGGAUCCUCGUCCCGCUCUCUGCGUGCAGACAGUUCCGAUUCCGUCGGUGGAGGUGGAUCGCGCACUCCGCAACAGUCAGCUUCCGCUUUUUGGCGUCGAAUCGAGGAGGAACAACAGAACGGUUCCCAGACACGUCGAGGCCGUGCCACGGAACGACGACCAGGUGUAGCCGGAACAGCAGUUUCUUCGCGCUCCGUGUCCACCUCGCGAGCACUGGAGAUAAUGAACCUCCGCAAUCAGGAGCUGACGCGAGAGCUCGACAGUUUGUUGGACGAUAAGCAGGCGAAGAAUGCGGAGGGUGAGACGGAGAACAUUAUCAGUGGACGGUUGUACCUUCGGCAGACAGCGGAGAAUCCAAGCAAGGCAAAAUCAAACGAAAAGUUGUAUGAGGUCAAGAUGAAAACAGCUCCAGAGUCGAAUGGGCCCAACAAGUACGAAGAACAUGUGGCAAAAACGGUUGCCCAAGGUGCUGCCCAGCCUCAUGGUUCGCAUGGAUAUCGACGAUACGGUGAAGAUCACCACCAUCAGCAGCACCAGCAUCAUCAUCACCAUCAUCAUCAUCAUAAGCAUCAACACCAGCACCAACAACCACCAGCUCCACCGAUGCGUACUAUUUCCAAGAGAAACUCUUGUUCGGAGGAAGAACUAGCUCGCAAGCGUAAAUCGGCGAACCUAGAGGAGGCAAUCAACGAGCUGGAAGCGAUCUACAAGAGCCUCAAGUUGAGUGAUGAGGAUCUGUUGGAGCGGGCCGAACGACGUGAUCUUCCCACACCGACCGGAUUCAGUCAACGAUCGCGUCACUAUCGCUAUGACGCAGAAGCUGAGGAGGAGCGUGCAAAGGCAGAGCCGGAUCUUCAACUAGACGAUCUUAGCUAUCGCAGUAUCAAACGCGCGAAUAGCUCAAUCAAAGCACCAGACACACAACCACCAUUUGGGAUUCCUGUUGGACCGAUUCCACCGUCCCCAAGCACGGACUAUCUGACAGUGCAGGCCCCUGUUAAGCAGACCAAACCACGCUUCCAACCACAACGAUCCCCGGAUCUAGUUGCAGAUGACCUUGCUUUCCGACAGCUGCGUAAAGAUAAAGAUCUGCUGGCUUGUAUCGAUCGUGCUAGCGUACGACACCAGCCAACGCAAAGCGGCAACACUAGCAGCGGGUCGGAUGAUUCGCGUCACAAACGAUCCACCGGAUCAUUGUCCUCAAAUAUCUACAGCCAGAUACAGCGCGAUGCGGCCAAACCGUCCGGAGGUAACCUGGAGGACUACUACAAAAUUGAGCUGUACGCAAAGAGUCUACGGGAAGCCACGACGCACGGUCGGGAGAUCGCUCCAAAACCGAAAGACGCUUCACCAACGAAAGAGAAGCUGGUUACAGUACGACCGAAGAGUGGAACGACUCCACCGAAAGAGAAUCGCGGCGCAGUAUUCAAUCUGCCAUCGACGCUGAAAUCGAGCACUUCGGGUAGUCCCCCAAAGAGUCCCGGCGUGACAGAGGGAAGUAGUACGGCAUCAACACCAACACCCCGGCCCAGAUCUGGCACUGAACCCGUAAUCGUAGGCGCCAAGCAUAAGGCCGAAUUUGAGGAGAUCUUGAAUGCGAUCGCACUGGAAGCACAAUCUACAAGCGAGAAGCUGGGAGCGGAUUUGGCCGAGCUUCGCAAGGAAACACAAUCCGUAUCGAGUGGUACAAGCCCGGAAGUGAAGACGGCAGGAACUCGCACCAUUUCCAAGACGAUUGCUCCAACUAACAAAGCUUCCGUUCCGAUUGUUGCUACUGCUAUAGUACCGGCAAAGCAACAGCUAAGUACUACACCGAAGGAGAUUGACGAGGUUGCUGAAGCGGCCAAAUACUGCGAGCGGAUGUUGCGUGAUGUUAUAGAAGAAACGCCCAAGAAGGAGAAGAACGCGGUUGCUGCUGUUGUUACUGUGGAAUCGAAUGUUCAGCAGAACGAAGAACGAGCAAGUUCAGUUGAGCAAGUAGUCACGAAGGUAGUUUCCAAAGAGCAGCCUAUGAUUGUAGAACCACCCGUAACGAACGAGACCUUAGUGUUGGAUGGUCUGAUUCAGCAGCUGACACCGGCAGGAAGCUUCGAGGCUCUCAGCAAACGCUGCCAGGAGCAGCUAAGUGAGCUGGAAGCUGAAGAUGAUCAGCGUGAUGAGCGUGUCAGGUCAUCGAUCGAGCGUGACUACGACAAUCUGGUCGAGAGCAUCAAACCGUUCGAGUCGGACACGGACAAAAAGUCCACCGAGGAAGAGAUCGACCUGAUCAUGAAGGAGUGCGGUAUCGAGCUAGAAACUAACGCAACCCAGAAGAUGCCCGCCAGCUCUCAAACUGAGCUUAGUGAUCGUGUCUCGGAACCGAAAUCCUCCAGCGAAACCGAUCCUUUUCCGAAGUCCUCCUCCCAGAGCGCCGGUGGUCCAAAGUCUAUUGCGAGCGAAACACAACGUGGCCAGCGUGGCUCGAGUACGUCCCCGUCCAGUGAGGGAAGAACGAAACCGUCCCGUUCGCCACCGGUGUCAUCCGUGCGGUUGACACCAUCCGACACCGAAUCGCAGUACAACUCGUCUGAAGAGCUUGCCAUGAUCUUCGGCAUCAAGAGCCCAACACCGACAGAAAGUAAACCGUUCGUGAAUAGUGCUAUCCAUGAGUUGGAGAAAAAGCUCUCAUCCGCCACUGCCAAACUAAGCUGCCAACAGCAAUCAGAAUCUAAUUAUCAGCAACAACAACAUCAUCAUCCGCACCACCAUCAGCAGCUCAUUGCAUCGUCAUAUCCACCCGUACAUCAGCAACAGUAUCAAGGGCAGAAGGAGUUGCCACACUACACACAGCAUCUUGCGCAACCCUCCUAUCAUCCGCUUGGACCGGCGCAAGAGUUCUACGAGGAACCAUCCCAUCGAGUGCCAGUAGAAGAGGAAGGCAAAUUUUACAUUACCAAUCACGCGAAUAGCCUAACGGCCCAGCAACAGGCACCUACGUCCAGCGAAUGCUCCGGUCUGCACGCAAUCCUGCAAGUGAUACGUGCCGAACAGCAACAGCAGCAGCAGCAGCAAGAAAAGCAACAGGCUCGAAAAGAGCCAAUCGUUUCGAAACAUUGUGAUCUCUACAUCGCUACUGCCACCACAACCUGCAGCCCGCCGAGUCGGGCACACCCAGCAACGUCAACGAAUCUACCAACGCAACAACCUCCGGACGCUUCCUCUCACACACCAAAGUUCAGUGCGGUCAAUUUCCGGCGCGUUCAACGGCAUCCGCCGGUGUCCUUUCCGAAGCGACCGCUCGUAACACAGCGCUCCCUCGGAUCACCACCAUCGGUUAACGUCGGCUCAAGCUACUCACCGUCCGGUUCGGCAGGAAGUAGUAUCGCCUGUGCUGCGUCGAUCGCAAACGGACAGCAGCAGCCGCAGCCGCGACGACGCCACCACAACUCACGAAGGCAUGAGGCCUUCGUCAAGACGCGUUCCAAAACCAUAUCGGACUUUUUCGGGCCUGAAUCGACCCCGGUCAGCCGACUGCUGAAUAUAAUAUGUCAAGAGAAGGAAGCGGAAAGGGUAGCAGCGCACAUCAUGAACCAGCAGCAGAGUGCUCGGUCGGCGAUCGCGGCCAAAGCUUCCGCGAGCGUCGUCGCCCCAUCUAGUCACGGGUCGGGCAGGGUCGGUCAUCCGGUCCGGCCACCACCACCGUCCACCACCGGCAGCCAAUCGGCCACCGCCGGGGUACGUUCGCGCAAGGAAAACAUUGUGCCGAGCGUGGGGUUGAACUCUGGCUCGGACACUGGUAGCAGUGGCAGUGCCGGCAUUGCACCGGUCCUGGUCGAUCCUGCUUUUGCGGCGAAGGAUAUAGAUAGGAUAGCGAAAUACAAAGCCGAUAGACGUAAAGCCAUUUACUUAAGAAACAAUGUCCACGAGAAUGAAAAUGAAAGACUGGAACCUAGCAAAAGAUCAUCAUCUAGAACACCGAAUACUCUUCCAUCAAGUGCAAUUCUUAGCAAACAGCAGCAACAGUCAUUGUUACCACCAUCAUCUAAAUCGAUCACAGCAACCACCAGCAGCAUCAAACGUCCUCAUUCAACCGGGCUCACGUCCACCGCGAAAUCCGCUCCAUCCGUUAGCAAUGGUCUGGCCAAACCGGUACCAACCCGACCGGUAGCAGGUGCACGCGAACGUAAUGCCAGCAGUAUCCGAUCCGGGGAUGAGAAGCUUGUCAAUGGAGCAGGAAUGUCCCCGGUGCAUGCGGGAGGGGCAGCAACUAACUCCUCGACCGUCACGAAGCAAAUACGAACGACUCGAUCAUCUCGGUUGCGUGCCGCAGCAGCACACGACAAGGAACGAUCACCUUCGGCGAAUGCUGCUGCUAAAUCCGUUACCGGAUCGAUGACGCUGUCCACGCCCGGAAGCACAGGAGACGAUCAGUCACGAAGUCAGCAACAGCAGCAACUUGAGCGUUCUCAGCGUGCUGUGUUUCAUCGAGUACCGGUAGCAGCGGGAUCCACUGCUGCUGCUAAUAUCAGCUCCGUAACACCCCGUACCGUGGCAACGUCUACCAGAACCACACUAACGAAACAUUCCACCAGCAAUGGACCAGCGGCAGUAACGAUUAGAAGCAGUAAGCUAUUGCCGACUCCAGCAGCAAAGCGAGAACCGCUGGUAAAGAAAGUCCUCUCAACGCCCUCGACUACCGUAGCUGCGGGUGGUGAUACCACGAGACGCUUGGUACCGUCGAUUGCCGUUAACAUGAAACAGAGACUGAAGACGACAACCGAAACCAUAAAGGGCGAAGGACGUAUGGCUAAGGUAAAAAGUGACCCACUUGCAACAACAACUGCGUCUGCCAGGCGAACUCUUCUUGCGAAAACGCGCAACAAUGUUGCCGUUCCUGUAGAACCUCCCGAAAUUGAUAUGAGCAACUCGCUAACAGCACGCAUGGAGUCGCUUGAACUGGACGAUGUACCAGCGCAAGAAAAGCAACAGUCCGCCGCCGUUCGUCUACAAAGGGAAGGUUUUUUUGAGCGACCACCCGUUAAGGGUGAUGUGCCGGAAGCAGAACUACUGGACACGGCUGGAACACCGCGCAUGCGGACUUCUACGAUGAAACGAUCGCACGCCACCCGCUCACAACCGACCAACCUACCAAAGGACAUAAACGGGCUGAGUCCGGUGAAAGGGGUUCAGCAGCAGCAGCAGCAUCUGGAGACGACAAAGGAUAAAUCGGCCAAGCGCAAAUCGUUUCUCAAUCGCUCGCAAACAGAAGAACCGACCACCGGUGCAAGAACCACGGCGUGCUCCACUUCCGUUGGACGAUAUCAGCGACGUCUCAAGAUGCCGCACAGUAGUCCGGACAUGUACUCGUCCAGCAAUCGUUCGUCUCCUGUAAAGUCAUCUUCAUCACCCGAGAAAUCUCCCACGAAUUCACCACGGCCACCGUCGUGUUCAUCGAACCGCUCGAGUCUAAAGCAUGGCGGUGUCUCGCCAGAAACGGUCACCUCGAAAACUGGCUCUUCGCCUAUACGCAUCUGUUCACGGCUGUCCGGCUACACGAGCGGCGCCGGUACGCUAAACAACAGUCCAUCUCCCUGCUCUCAACCCCGAAGUCCUUCACUAUCCUACCACAUGGAACAGGCACGUCGCGAAUUGGUCAUUUCUCCGCCGAGAACGAAUCGUUUGUUGAAGAUAGUGACGGAGUCGGCAAGUGAUCCGCUUGUACCGCAACUUGCUGCCAUGUCGAUUGCGACCGAACCAUCGUUACCGGCUGAUGCGCCUGUCGAAAUUUUGGCGCAGCCGGAUGCGGAUGCUGAAAUAGUAGCCGAACAGGAGGAAGUUCCAGUGGAGGUGCUAGUUCCGGACGACGUUGAUGAAAUAUCGGAGGAACAAUCAUCCUCUAUAGGUCAAUAUUCUAAAUUUAGUCAAAUUUUAAAAUCACCUACAUUAGAGGUAGGAACCAUAAGUGAUAUGUUGGAUGAUUUAGCAAUUGCUGAUCGUAGUAGCAUGGUAGUAGACGAGCAAGAAACAAUGGAAGUUGAUGAGGAUGGGGAAGAAGACGACGUGCAAGUGCCAUUGAUUAUGGAACAACAGGUAGUGUUAGACGAAGGAAUCGCUAGCACCGGUCCGACGGUCGAGGAAGCCAUGGAAGCAGGUCCUUCUGGGCUGUGUGUCACUCCUGCAAAUGGAACUAAAUACGAUUGCGACGAUGAUGAGGAGGAAGAGGACGAUUAUGUGGGCGAAGAGCGUGCCGUGAUUGAACCACCUACAAGAGGAUACGUAGCAGUGGUUGACGUUGGCGAUGAUGAUGACCAUCAUCAGCAGGAAGAGAUCGGUAGACCGGCGAAUCGGAUUUUGUUUGACAAUCAGUUCAACGAUGAGUUUGUGGUCAUUGAAAACAGUCCCAAGAGUCAGCUGAUACAAUCACUCGAUGAAGCGGACAUAAUAGUGCUGCGCGACAACGACGACGGGGAAGACUACGGUGAUCGGCCACCGUCGCGUCCAUCGAGCGGUGGCUAUCUGGAGAAGAAGAAAAAGCUCGUCAAGAUGAGCUCGGUGGAGCAUUUUGAGCGUAAAAGCUUGUCUCCGCAGCGCGUGGGUAAGCUCAGUACGUCCUCGUCGUGUAUUUCGCGGGCGAAGAGCAUGGACGAGAGUAGCGCCGUGCUUGGUGGUGGGGCCAAUUCCACUUCGGCUGGCGCAAGUUCUGGCACGUCGGCGAGUCAUAUCGUGUCAAUAUUGAAGCGCAAAACGGUGGAGUCUUCGGCCGCUGCCAGCUCAGCGUCGAGCAAUGCGUCGCCGGUGACGUUUUCACCGAGCGUCGUUGAUACGCCGAUACGUUCGAACCGGAAGCAAGGAAUUUUGAAGAAACGCUGCUCACUGGACGAGAGCCGUUACAGUCGCAGCCAUUCGCCGGAUGACCGUUCGAUACUGGUGAAGCACACUAGGCGGAAUAGCUUUGAGGAUGGAGCUAGCUCCAACCAACAGCAGCAGCAAGCACACGGAAUUCUGAAGCAAAAGAGCUACGAAUCGCGGGAGGAUGUUUCGGGCGCUGCGGCUAGCGGUGGAACCAGUCGCAAUUCAAUAGCGAGUGGUUCGGGUGGUGGUGUUAGCAGCGGUCAGGCGAACGGUAACAUAUCGCAUGGCAUUUUAAAGAAGAAAAAUGACAGCUCGUCAACUUCUACACCAAGCGAACCUCCGAAGCAUGUGUCCAUUUCUCAAGCGGUCAUACUGGCGGCGGCCGAGAUUUGUCAGGACAUGUUGCUGGUGGAUGAAGAUGAAGCGUACGACAUCAAACCGAUCCUGAAACCGGAUCAUCAAGCUCCGGUAACGCCGAAACCGAUACUGAAGAAAAAGUAUUCCUCCGAAAAUGAAGAGAUUCGACCGAUUCUAAAGAGUUCGCGCAAGAGCUCGCGCGAGGAAAAUUCGGAUUCGGAGGAAAUGAAACGAUCGAUUCUUAAGAUCGACUCACCGGCGAAACGAACUCGGUGCUACGUCGAACAGUCAGCAGCAGCGGCAAGUGGAAGUGAUAUGAUGGUGGGUAGUGUUGGAAGUACAAAUUCGUCCGACGCUGGUACUCCCGGUGUUUUGCCGUUGGUUCACAGCCGUUCGCUAGAGCAUCCGGACUCGGUCACUGGUGCGGCGAUAGUGCCACAGGUAACAAACAUUGAAAAGCCCAUCAUAUCGGUAGCAGAGCGAAUCCGAAACAUGGAAAAGUUCCUAUCUGGAGGUAGUGGCAAUGGUAGCAGUCCGCCAUCGUCGUCUGGAUGUUCGUCGGUUUUGAAGCAGCAAAGCUCGUGCUCCUCCUCAUCGAACACCAUCAGUAGACGGGAGUCAUUCCGCUACAAAACACAACCGGUCACAUCAACGGAGAUCAACAGUGCCCAACAGCAGCAGCAGCAGCAGCAUCAGUUUCAACAGGAAGUAUCGCCUUGUGAUUCAAGAUCUCCAGAGUGUGUUGCAGUACCUAGCGACGCCGGUAAUGAUGUUGAUCGUAGUGAAGCAAGAUCUGUGUCGAAGGAUUCUACCGAAUGUGCCGGUGAUGAAUCGCGUCUUGGUGAAGUUGGUGAUUGUUUGGUAAAAGACAACAAUACGGUGAGCGUAUCGAUAGCAGAUCCAGUACCGGAGCGUAGAAUUGCACCGGAACACAGCUGCUUGCGUAGUUCGCUGGAGUUGCUGAUACAGCGGAGUCACUCGGUUGAUCGAAGCGGUGAACCGAAAUCUUUCCCUGUGACGGUAGACGAUCCGAAACCAUCCUCUUCCUCGUUUGAGCUUCUCUCGCCGACACUCGGUACAGCAGAAUCGAACUCGCACUCCAUCAUUAGUGGUGAGUUUAACUUAGCCUCGCUGAGCUCCGACUCGGGCGUACAGUUUGGUGGUGGUCGCGGUGGUACCGAGGAACUGUCCGGCACAACCGAUUACGUACUGUCGUCUUCGGUAAAAACAAGUGACAGUGAGAAAUCACCUUCGAAGAAAACGAUCGACGAGGACGAGGACGAUCUGAACGCGGUGGAAGAAGCGUUGCUCGUCGAGGAGCAGCUGCUGGUAGAACGUGUCGGGGACGAAUCGGACGAAGAUCAGCAUCCGGAGAGGAGAAAGGGGAGAGGCGUACUUCUGUCGCCUACAUCUUCCUGCUCGUCCACGCACGCCGGUCGUGUGCUGAGACCGUCCAGCAGUAAUAGCAGUGCUAGUAGUGAGGGCAGCAGCAGCAAGAAGGGCGAUAUCCUUCGAACGGCUGGUGUAGGUAAGAGUUGCGGAGGACAUAGAUCGUCACCCGGUGGUAGCACUUCGUCCUCGUCACCGGACAGUGGCAGUAGUAGCGAUUUGAGCGAUCGCGACUCUGCAUCGACCGCGGCAGGACCCGAAACCGACGACCAAACAAUGUUUGGUGGAUGCGUUGGGUUUGGCCGCAAUAGCGGCGGCGGUGGUGGCAGCAGUGGAGGUGAGGACGGCACUGACAAGGGAUUACUACGACGAUCCAGCAGUGUCCGGGCGAAGGCAAGCAUGUUUGCUCAGCUGGAAAGCAAGCUGAAGGAGAACGAAAACCCACUCAGCCGGCCGAUCGUUCCCCGUCCGAAACGAGCUCAAUUCACAACGCAGACGAUCUCGCCAACCGACAUCGAACGAAGCAAUAACGCGAUCAAUAGCGGGCUUACCAGUGGCCAGUAUCGCACGACGGCCACCAGCAACAUAUCGACGGUCCACCAACAACCGGCUCACCCAAUCAUGAACACGAUACCAACGAACAAUAACAACAACAUAGUUUCGGAUGACUCUGGCGCCGAGUUUGAUCCCUCGACACUGCAAGUAUCGAAGAAGGUCAAACUGUUCUCGGGCGGGUGUGUAUCCGUCAAGGGAGUUGGUGAAGCAGGCGAUCAGACGGCGGUGAUGACGGCGAUAGCAAAUGGAAACACACCGGUCGGCGUGAUCCGGCGUAAGAAAACGCUACUAAAGGUGCGCACGAUCGGAAAGCUAGUGAUGCCGAAGUUUCUAAACGAUAGCAACAAUAACAUUUCCGUUCAGCAGCAGCAACAGCAACUGCCGCAACAGGAACAUCCACAGCAGUAUAAAGAAAACGGAAGUACCAAUGGAACUGGGUCGGAAGGCGAAACGGACCUGCAGCAUAUCGUACCGAAGGUGGAUCGGAUACGAAGAAAGUUUAUGAGCAACCCUUCAACGCCCAAGUUUUUCAACAGCACGGAAAAUGGCGUCCGCAGUCCGUGUCAGGAGGUAGUGAACGGCGAUGACGUGAGCGAUGGCAGUGACUCGAAUGUAGAUUCGGGCAAGGAGAACAAUUACGACAGUGGGGUGGAGAAUAUGAAUGGAUCGGGUCGUCCGCCGCAAGGCGGAGGCAGUUCGAAUGUGCUCGCACUAAAGCGCAACUUCCUCAACACAUCGAACCGCGCGAAGUCGCUGCACAAAGAGAAGGAUCCGGUGCUUGACGUUUCGUCCGAGCUGGAUGGUGUCGUAACGAAGGGUAAAGUUUCGAGCCUGGCAAACCAAUGGAAUCGGUUGCGAAUGACGCUCGAUGUGUCGUCAAUACUGAAAACACCCGGCACCACCUUCGACACACCUCCAUCACCUUCCGGGCGGGUUGGAAAUGGACUGCAAGCGGAACGGCAAUGCGAAAGUCUUCCGAUUGCUUGCGAAACGGAACGCUCUUAUCUGGUCGACACGUCGAUGGAACGAUCCGUGUCACAGAGCAAUAACAAUACGUCACUAUUUUCCCGCAGCUUCACACGGAAAGGAAAUGGUAGCUCGAAGUUUGCGCUCGUGGACGAUCGGUUUGCCAAGUACUUUGGCUGUAAGAAGACGGGUGAGGCGAGCUCACCGACACAGAACGGUACGGUGGGCAAAUCGAUGAUGAGCGUGACACGAAAUGGUUCGACUAAGCAACACAACAACACACCACCACCAACCAACGGUUGCACGAACGGAGGCACCUACAUGCAGCAGCCACGGCGCCGUACUCAGUCAAUGCCGAAGGAAACGUUAUUGCUUGAGCAGAGACUCGAAUCGUUUAUCAAUACGAUUGCCGCUGCUGGAGCGAACGGUAACGGUUGGGACAAGAAAUGGAGCACCAUUCAGCCGGUGAACACUGUGGACGAGUUGAACAUUACCACCGAAGAUCUGUCAAUGGCGGAUACGGAGUUCGAUAAGCUGUUUAUAGAGCAAAUGAGUCCUCGCAAACCACCGACAGCGUUUCUGCCACCAAACGCGCAAAAGCUACCGUUUAUGGCGGAGCUGAAAGGUGGCAUACUGAAGUCCAAAUCUGGCUGCGUCGGACUGUUUCCGGCCGAUCUGAAUUCAGAGCUAAAAUCGCGCCUCAAAAAAUCUACCCAUGCGGCUGUGAGCAAUCUAAAGAAAUCGACCACCGUCUCCACGAUCAACGAUGCGCCGAACAGCUUUGGUGCGCCCGGGACGCAUCCGGGAUCUUCGUCCGAGUCGGAGGACGAUGACGAGGAUGGUGUUGCACCGGGCAAGAAUCUUGCGAAAAUGCUGCGCAACGUGUCCAACACGGCCAACAGUGGUAGUGGAGGUGGUGGAGUAGUGCCACCGUCGUACAUACCGGUACCGUUUCCGCGCUCGUUCGCGAUCCCGACCGUUGCCGAAUCUCAGGCCCUCAACCGGGAGCUACAAUCGAUCAACAAGAAUCCAGCCGUCGCAAGGCGCCGUCGUCAGAACGAAGGCUACAAGCAGCAACAGUUGAUUAAAAGCAAAAGCCAAUCCGAGCUUGCCACCUUCAUACCGGCGUCGGCAAUCAUCUACCACAACACAGCAAACAACGCACCGCCGAAUGUAGCCGGCAGUAUCAUCGGCAGCAGUAGUAAUGCACUCGGUGGGCCUGCACCACUAUUACCACCAUCGGCGCCAGCAACAGCACUAGCGAGCUACUAUCAGCCGGAGCAGAAUAAUAACAACAACAACAGUACCCAGCUUCUGCAGCAGCAUAGCUUCGGCCACCGGGGUUCCGGGCAGCAGGAGAACGAAGAUUUCAGCUUCCCAGUGUUCGGUACGUUGCGCCGUUGUUUGACCGAGGAAAUGCGCCCCGAUCAGGACGGUGCAAUGGUGAAGAGUGUCUCCAUUGCCGAGCGGCUGGCGGCACUCAAGAAGAGCGGCGAGGACGAUUGGCGCAGGCGCGUCACCAAGAAGGAUGUGCCCGAUGAUGUGCGGCGGGAAAAUCUUGUCAAUAAUGCACUCAUCGUUGCCAAGUCCCACGAGAGCCCAGUGAAAAACAACUCACCACGACCGUUCAGUCGGCCGGCGGAUCUGGAGGGUGGCAACAUCUCUGACCGGUUGGGUAAGAUCAAAACGUCGUCGGAAAAUUGGAAAAAUCGUGUCGAACUCUCCGAUGCGACCAACUUCACCGUGGCGGGCCGCAUGGCAGCCACGAAAUCACCCAAACUACCGUUCAUCAAGUCGGACACGAAGCAAUCACCCGCCAUGAAUGUGUUCCGCAGUGUUAACCCACCGCAGCUCGGACUCUCGAAAAGUCCCUCGAUGAUGGUGUCCUCCGUGGUCACCUCAUCCACCGUGUAUGGACAACCGCAACAGCAGCUGCCGGCGGCACCUGCAUUCGGCAGCAGACCCACCAGUGUUCCGGCACAACAAUUUUCUAGUCCCGCUCCGGCCCUGUUCCAGCAACAGCAAAGCCAACAGCAGCAACACCGAGUCGUCGAAAGUCUUAUGAAACGUAGCAUCAGUGUGCCAGGUGUACCGACCGGUGAUCUCAAAACGCAUGCGACCGGUUCGAAGGUCGCCAUUCCGAAGCUGGAUGACGAAAGUUUCGGUUCGUUCUUCGGGAAGGUCACGGCAGCACCAACGAACGGUGGUACCGGGUUCUCGAGCACGAUCAUGACCAGUAACAGCAUUAACAGCAGCAGCAGCAGUACGAUGAUGAGUAACAGUACCGAUGUUAUGAUCGGGGAUCUCGAUACACUGAAGACCACCGGCGAGAAGCUGUCCCACAAGAAGGUGGUACAGGGACCCCGGGGACGGCGUGCAAUGUCGCGUAAUCCGCUGAAGACACUGGCCGCCCGUGAUGACCUGCAGACGGAGUAUACCGAAAUUAAGACCGGUAUCGCCGACAAGGAGAUGCGAAGACUUAAACUUGAAGCAAUUGCCAAAAGUAGCAAUCUGGCCGUAGAAGCGCUAGCCGGCUUAGCGUCCGUUGAAGAUUUCAAAUCGGUCAGUCUCAAGUCUAGCUCGCUGCCGCUGAAUCAGUCGUUUGUCCCGUACAAACCGCUGAUGUUGCUGCAGGUGAAGGGCCGUCGGCAUGCGCAGACGCGCCUGGUAGAACCGGUGGCCCGCUCGGUGAAUCGGGGCGAUUGCUUCAUCCUCGUCACAGCCGAUCGGCUGUUCGCCUUUCUCGGCCAGUAUGCCAACGUGAUCGAGCGAUCGCGCUGCAAAGAAAUCUGUGAUCAGAUCGUGCGCGACAAGGAUCUUGGUUGUGGGGCGACCAGCGUGACGCUGCUAAGCGAUGGAGCUAGCAGUGGUGCUGGACGGCAGGCACGCGAAUUCUGGAAGCUGCUCGGACGUGGACAGGAGGAUGAAGGGACGGAGGUUUGCGAUUCCGGGCAUGCCGAUGAGGACGAGCUGUUCGAGUCGUGUCUGAUCGAGACGAACAUGGUGUACGAGUUCGAGGAUGAUGCAUUGGUCCCGGUGGAGGAGUAUUGGGGUGCGAUUCCAAAAAUUGCGAUGCUCGACCCUCGGAAGGUGCUGGUGUUUGAUUUUGGAUCGGAAAUGUACGUGUGGAGUGGCAAGAAUGCUCCGACUGAGGGUAAACGAGCCGCCUUGAGGUUGGCCCAGGAACUGUACGGUGGAAGUUACAGCUACGAGGAAUGUCAGCUAAAUCCGCUCAACUUCUCGGAAUUGGCUGGUGAUCGUCAGCGUGAUGCAAGACGCCUGUCUAAAGUGGGAAACAAUCGACCGGAAUGGUGUUUGGUUGCGCGCGUAACGCAACACAUGGAAACGGUACUGUUUCGCGAGAAGUUCCUCGAUUGGCCGGACGUGACGGUUCACUUCCGUGAGGAUUGCGGUAAUGGUGACGGGUCGACUCCACUUGGUGCGGAAAUUAAGCCGCUGGACGGCAAUCAACUUUACCGCGGGAACGAACCAUACCAUGAACCGAACCUGGUGCUAGAGAACUCCAACCUUGGACGAGGUGAUUUCUACUACGAUCAGGACUCGAUGCGUCACUUCGAUGUACGCACAACAUCCGUCACGCAGUGGGAAAUCGAUGAGUACGAGUACAAGGAGAUCGAUGGUACAUCGCAGGGACAUUUUUACGCUGACGAAAGCUACACCGUGCGCUGGAUGUAUCAGAUUAGUGUGACGGUGCGUGAGCUAAGUGGCAAGGUGUCUAACCGUAGUACCGUGGUUGGACGAGACCGGUGCGCUUACUUCUGCUGGCAUGGUAAGGAUGCGUCAGCGAACGAGAAGGGUGCUGCCGCACUGCUCACGGUCGAACUGGACAAGGAAAAGGGUUCGCAGGUGCGUGUUGCCCAAGGACAAGAGACGGCCGCUUUUGUGCGACUAUUCAAGGUUAUGUUCAUUCACCGAAGUAAGCGUGUGCCGAAGAGCGGAUGGCGUCUGUACAUGAUUACGGGCAAUUUCGACGAGGAAACGAUGUGUACGGAGGUGGAAGGAUGCAGUAUGAGACAGUUGCGUUCCCGGGCCACGAUGCUUUUGGUGCACGGCGAGCGUGGAAGAGUGUUGCUCUGGCAGGGAUGUAAGGCACUGCCACACGCGAAGGAAGUGGCGGCUAAUGUGGUUCGCUUGGUGCUCGAACAAAAGAGUCCGGAGCUGUUCGACGAGACGCUUUCCAAUUUGAGUUCCUCCGUUGUGGAUGAGGGUCAUGAGACGAGCGAAUUUUUCGAUGCUGUUGGUGGUCAAAAUCGUCACCAUUAUCACAGUUUGCUCGGUUCGGAGCAAAACUACGACUUUACGCCACGCAUCUUCCACCUCACAAGCAUCAACAACGGGAACUUUGAGGGUACAGAACUCCAGUGUGCGCUUCGUGCAAAGGAUCGUCCGACGGCGUAUCCAUUCCGGCAGGAGGAUCUUUACUCCGCUCGGCAACCGACAAUCUUCCUUAUCGACAAUGGACACGUGCUGUGGUUGUGGCAGGGUUGGUGGCCGAAUGGGGAUGAGUCGGGCAGCGAUAGUGGUAGUGGUGGUGAGACGAACCACAGCAGCUUUGAUAGUAACCGGUCGGGUGAGAAUCGUUGGCAGGUGGAACGACGUGUCGCGAUGGAAACGGCCGUUUCGUACUGGAAGGCGAAGCAGCAGCAGCAGGGCGGUGAUCGUGUGAUGAAUGGGAAUGGACAUGUAGCGCCUGCUCGACUCACUUCCGCUACGGUCAUCGAUGAGAAUGGGAACGACGAGGGGAUUGAUGAGGUUGAUGCAAAGCCGUAUGAUCCACCGGCGUCGUCCACUGUGGAGCAGCAGGAGCAUCAGGAAGCGAUAAUCUCGCAUGACCUCGUGAAUGGGUUCGUCGUUUGGGCUGGGCUGGAACCGCUCGAAUUCAUUGCCAUGUUCCCGGAGUGGACCGAGCGGGACGAUGUAGCAGAAAUUAACGUGCAGGAUGGUCGUAAAUCGACACCGCAACCCAUCUACGACAGUCUAUCGCUGUUGUCCCGCAAGGAGUAUCCGCUGGCCGUACUGCUCGAACGUCCCCUACCGGAAGGUGUCGAUCCCACCAAGCUCGAGCUAUACCUACACGAACUAGACUAUCCCGAGGCGCUCGGCCUAACCAAACCGGAGUACGAUCAGCUGCCUGCCUGGAAGCAAACGAAGCUAAAGAAGGAACGUGGUCUGUUUUAGA